AUGCUGCUCCGCCGCCUCCUCCACCCGUCCCACCACCUCCGCCGCGGCCUCCAGACCCUAACCACGACCACCAACGCCGCCGCCCCCUCUCCCUCCUCCGCCCCUCUCCCAUUCCGCCGUCUCCCCGCCCGCUUCCUCUCCCCGCGGUUCCUCUCCACCUCCGGCGGCGGCGACGACGACACCAGAAACCCGUGGGCCUUCACGGCGGAGUCCGGCGAUCCGGACCCCUUCGCCGAUGUGGAUCCCGUCGCCGCAGCUCCCGGCGAAGCGCCAGUAGGGUCGAGCGCUGCUGCCGAGGACACGUGGGCCAAGGACUUCGGCGCGGAGGACGGCGAGAAGGGCGGCGACGUGUUCGAGGAGAUCUUCAAGGACGCGGCCGCAGCAGCGCCGGCCGCCAGAAAUGCGGCCCCGGCCGAGGAUGUCGAGCCGUGGACGAUCGAUUUGGAGGAUGAGAAGGACGAUCCGUUCGCCGCGGCUGUGAUGGAUGACGAGGUUGCCGGGAUCGGAGGCGAGGCUGCUGAGAUCGAGGAGCUUGUUGCUGGGGGAGACGAAGAUGCGGAGCGUCAGCGGGAGGAGAGCAAGGCGAGGGAGCAGCAGCUCAUGGAGACCCUCAAAGGUCCGGAUCGUGCAUUUGGGGAUCUCGUUUCCGCCUCUGGGAUUACGGAGGAUAUGAUUGACAGUUUGAUCCUCUUGAAGGAUGCCAGAGGGGUACCUGGAUUGCCUCCCCUAAGCGAAAUACAAGAUAGAGCUAUCCAGAAAAUGAACGCGACUUCAAGCAGAGCUGAAGUAGAACGCCAACUGCAAGAGGAGAUAGCUAAGGCACGUGUAAGACAAGUUGAUGAGCAAGGAAGGGCUUAUGGAACAGGUAAAAGGAAGUGCAGCAUUGCUCGUGUUUGGAUUCAGCCUGGUGAUGGCAAGUUCGUUGUCAAUGAGAAGCAGUUCGAUGCUUACUUCCCGAUUUUGGACCACCGAGCUGAUCUUCUACGACCAUUUACCGUGACCAAGACGUUGGGGCUUUGGGAUGUUACUUGUACUGUGAAAGGUGGUGGUGUCUCAGGGCAAGUUGGAGCUGUGCGUCUAGGGAUCAGCAGGGCUUUGCAGAAUUGGGAGCCAGGACUGCGUCCAUAUCUCAAAUCAGCUGGAUAUUUAACCAGAGAUUCGCGCGUGGUUGAAAGGAAGAAGCCCGGAAAGGCGAAGGCAAGAAAGAGCUUCCAAUGGGUCAAGCGGUAACAGGCAAGUUCUGCCGCUCUUUUGUUGCUGAAUUGUCAAGCUAAGACGAGAUCUGACGCCGUUCCCGUAAUGCUUCAGGUCAAUGUGCAAAAUUACCGUGCCUCUGGUGGCAGGUCCUCUCCUAUUUGUUGUGGAUUCUCUAGUCAUCAGAGAUCUUGUAUUUGCACUGGAUGUGCUGUCAUUUCGGCGGAAGGCCCUCCGGAGCUUUGUACUUGGAUAUUGCAGUUUGUGUCGAUCAUCGAGUUCCUGAGACACCAGCUACUCCGAAUUUUUUGUAUGUUGAUACAGCAAACAGAUCCAGAAAAAUACAAUUUGACUAAAAUCUAGAUGCAGAAGAGCUGCUGCCGGCCAAUAAAACAGAGCAGGGCCUUGGAUGGAUGUCAAAUUGUCAAUGUUCAGCUCACAUUGUUUUCUCCCCUUUCAGUUUCGUAGGCUUGCACGGCUGUAUGUCAACUGACUCGACCCAUUUUAUGAUAUUAGUUGAACACUGUAUCGAGUGUGCA